AUGUACGGUAAAGCGGGGGGGCGGACUUCUCAGGCGCCCCGCCGCCCCUCUGCAACGCUCGUCCGCGAGCCCCCGCGCCCAAAGCCGCCGCCGCCUGACACCAGAAGCCACGACGACCCGAGCAACGCCCCUGCUCUAUUCGCGGUCUGCCCAGUGGAGUGUCCAACGUCUCCGCCUCGCCGCGACACCACCGCUGUCCUGAUCUGCCCGUUCGAGAGCCCCGACGACGGCAGAUCUGAGCCGAUCGUCGCUACACCGUUGAGCGGGCCCCGCACCGGCCCGCGCCUCCUCUGCUGCUCGUGCUGUAUCUCCCCCAGUCAGCACCGACGUCCAGCAGCACUACCGGAGUUCGACGCUACCCGCAGCAGUUGUCGCUCGAUCCGACCUGUCGCUGCUGCUCUGUCCGAAACCAGGCAGACCCGCGCUGCUCGCUUCCCCGACGUCCUGCCGACCCGCGCUACUCGCCACCCCGAAGCCAGGCAAACCCGCGUUGCUCACUGCCCGCGACGCCCCUCAGCAAUGCCCUCUGCCGGAGACCCAAACGCCGGUAGCUUAGAUCGCGACGCCCCUAUUCCGUUGGUUGUCCUUGCUACUCGGGUGCUGCCCCUGCUGGUGUGCACUCGCCGGAGUUCCCCUUGCCGGACCGACGAUUUGCUGCCCUUGAAGAUCCACGAGCAAGCCGAGCUUUAG